AUGCAGGCGCUAACACUUGUCGAAGAAGAAGAUGAAUGGACCGAUGUGUCCGACGACAUUGCUGGACUUGGUUUGGACGGCCACGGCAAGGCUGACGAUGAGAGCAACAAACCGCUUUCGGAGGAAGAGCUUGCGCUAUUACCCAACAGUAGGUCUUUCAACUUCACGAACAUCAGUCCCGUGAUAGCAAGCCCCGACGCACGCCGUUCAAGGUGGUUAACUGAACGCGCAGUGCCCAUUCUCUUCAGCAACGACCUACCACCAUGCGGUCUACUGCCGCAACUUGCAUACGAAAACACCGUCCAUCGGCUGCGCAAACUCUGGCUCGAGCGCGCCCACCAAGAAUCCGCGGACAUCCCCCUCCCCAGUCUCUGCCGCCUAGUCCUGGACGACCUCAAAGCCGAAGAAGAAGAGCUCCCAGCCGGUAGCCAGGCCGGAACCAAGAACCGCACUCCCUGGCGCCGCGAAACCGUCUUCCAGUACGAACUCCGCUGGGCCAAGUACUUUGUCCGGGAAGCCGAGACCGCGGAGAAGAGAGUCACGAUGACGGAGAAGCAGCUCGAUAAGCAGGACUUCAUGGAUAAGAUGUACCCGAUACCUAAGGAGUUGAAGAUUUAUGUCAACAACAAGAAGAAUCAGAAGAUGGUGUCGGAUAUGUGGAAAGAGUGGCAUCACAAAAAGAGAGGGACUGUGGAGCAGGAGAGUGCGGGGCUGGGUGUUGGGGGUGCGAAAGAGGUCGAUGCUGAGCCUGCUGGGGAUGAUGGAGAGGAUGGUGAGGAGCAGGAUGGGCAGAGACAAUUUAUCCGCUACCACAUCUUCAUCAUGGUGAUCAAGUGGACCGCCGAGCUUGACUCGAUCCUCCUCCACGGCGUCUUCGAAGAAUGCAACAUCUCCUUCAACAAGACUCUGUGCAACAAGAUCGCUGAACGCGUCACUGCCGCUGGCUUGGAAUGCACCGCCAAAGCCGUAGAAAACCGCCUCUACUCCUGGAAAAAGAAGAACGUCUCCGGCAACACCAACCUCAACUCCGCCACCAACACGCCCUCCAAGUCCGGCGCUUCCACACCCAAGACCCCUCGUUCCAAGGCCAAGCCCGUUCCGCGUAAGAAGAAGAACGUCUCCGAAGAGGUCGACAGCGACGGUCCUCAAGGUCUUAUGGACGACGACGAGGUUCUGUCUCCGGCUGCGGCGCGUGGCAAGCGUGGUCGUAACGGUGGUCAGAAGGUCAAGUAUGAUGAGUCGAGUGAGAAGGAGGAGGAGGAUCUGGAGGCUGAGGAUAUGUAUGUUCCGAUGGCUAAGCGGGUUAAGGAGGAGCCGGUUGAUGAGGAGGAUGUCGUUGUUGAGGAGCUCGUUGAGGAAAAGGUCUAG